AUGCGUGGAGCUACCAUCCUCAAGGCGUCCGACGACAAGACAAGACAGUUGAACAAGCACACACUCAUGGCCUACUCUGGCGAGGCUGGUGAUACCGUCCAGUUUGCCGAUUACAUCCAAGCCAACGCCCAGCUCUACUCGAUGCGCAACGAGUCGGACCUUUCUCCAUCAGCUCUUGCUCACUUUGUCCGCGGUGAACUUGCUACGAGUCUUCGGUCGAGAAAUCCAUACAACGUAAACCUUCUUUUGGGUGGCGUUGACCCCAUCACACACAAGUCUAGCCUGUACUGGUUGGACUACCUUGCGUCGCUCGCCCCCGUCCCAUAUGCUGCCCACGGUUAUGCUCAAUACUACUGCCUUUCUAUCCUGGAUAAGCACCACCACCCCGACAUCACCCUCGGCCAAGGCAUCAAACUUCUCACACUAUGCGUCGACGAGCUCAAGAGAAGACUACCGAUAGACUUCAAGGGGAUGACGGUCAAGGCAGUGACCAAGGACGGCGUGGUAGAUAUCCAGUUUGAUGACGACAAGGUGGUGAAGGCUGCUUGA